AAUAAAUUUAAUUAUUAUAAAACAUGCGAAAGUUAUCACAAUUGUAUCAAUCGUAGACAGAGCUAGUGCAGUCAACAUGUUGAUUAAAAUUUUGUGUUUGGUCGCUAUUUUUGCAGCGUGCGACGGCGGCUCCGUUAGUAUGGCGAGGAAUGUGAACCUUAAUAAAUAUUACAUUUACACUAGGGACACUCAUCGGGACCCAGUUCUGCUCAAUGAAAACGACCUCCCUAAUUCCAGCUUAGUUCCUGAAGAUGAUACAGUUGUAAUCAUUCAUGGACAUGCAGGCAGUGCUUUUACUUCACUUAACCCAAUGGUCUUAAAUGCGCUGUUGUCGAGCGAAAAGGUCAACGUAAUAGUUGUAGACUGGUCUGUAUACGCCAGUCUUAGCUAUGCGAAUGCAGUGGUUGCUGUACCAAGUGUUGGAAUUGCGAUAGCUCGUGUAUUAUCACUUCUCGAAGCGGCUAGCCCUCAACAAAUAAAUUUCAACCGUGUACACCUCGUCGGUUUCGGCCUUGGAGCUCAUGCUGCCGGCUUCGCUGGCCGCGAAUUGCAACAAACCUACAAUAAACGCGUUGCAAGGAUUACUGGUCUGGACCCAUCAGGAAACCAGUGGGUGAACAAUCCGCAAAGACUGCGCUCCUCAGACGCCCGGUACGUAGAAGCCAUCCAUACUGAUGGAACCGGCGUCAAUGCUAAUGGCAUCGGGAUUCGUGUUGGCCACGUCGAUUUCUUUGCCAAUGGAGGCGGCAACCAACCUGGUUGUUCGAACAACGCUUGCAGCCACAACCGCGCUUAUGAGCUGUUCAGUUCCUCACUCACACACGGCGGGCUCAUUGGCAGAGAAUGUGAAACCACUAAGCAACUGACUUCGAACCUGUGCCGUGGAUUCAACCUGGAACUCGGAAAUAACAAGAUGAAUAAAUUUGGGGAUGGAAUGUUCCGCGUCAACACCGGCAAGUCGUAUCCCUUUUAACCAUAAUUUAAUGUAUAAGUUAUGGUGAUCACACAUUGCUUGUAACACCUGAUGCAAUUAUAUUAAGAACGAACGAAAAUAUUGAUUUAAUUCAAAAUAUUAAUUAAUAAUACAAUUAAUUUAUUUUCGACAAAAUAAAUAUUUGAAGUUGUUUUU